CAGUAGAGAUGCUGUUGAUGUGGACAUUACCAACCAGUGACCAGAUCAAAUGUCGUAGUGGAGGAGUAGAAUAUCCAGAGUAAUUACACAUGAUUGUUGCCGUGACUAUGUGUGUAUUCGUGUCUCCGUUGGUGGUGGCCGGCAUUGUCAUUGGCCUGGUGCUCUUCCUCUCCCUCAUCAUCAUCAUAAUUGGCAGUAUAAGGAAGAAAAAACACUCAAACCUCAACACAGAUGAUGAGCUGAGGUCGGAGUGUGUGGAUGAGUUUCCUCCUGCAUUUGACUUUGACUCGUACCCAGAGACACUCUCCAUCCCACAGAUCAGUGCCCUUUAUCCUGAUGCACCACCUCAUUAUGAUGAGUGUGUGGGACGAGACGCAACACAAAUAUUCACUCCUACAGAUGAUCCGCCUCCGUAUUCACACAUCUCACAAAUACACACCUGCAUAGAGGAGCAUUCUGAAGUUACUUCCUGGUGGUCUGCACAUACACAUGUAGCUUCCCAUCAUUCUAUCAGAUUGCAGGAGGUUUCUUCUGUGUUUGUUUUGUCUUUGGAUGAACUGCCUUCAUACGAGGCCGCGAUGGAGCAACUGAAUCGAACUAUUCCACUGAUUCCCAACGAAGAUGCGAAACACAUCACUGAAUAA